AUGUCAACUGGGCCCAGAUUCAGGCUCAUUCGACUAUGGGAGAGGCAGGUCAGAACAUUCCCUCCUAGAAUCUUCACCAGCUUCAUGCCAAUCUGGCAGCAUUUGCGACCUCUUUGCGGGGUCUUCAGGCUGUGGGAGACAGAUGGCGGCUGCCUUUCCGAGCUCUUGCCUGGGCAGGAGGCGCCCCUUGGGCCCUUCCCCAGCAACCUAUAUAAGCCCCUUCCCUGCCACACCUUCAAACAAUUCAGCAGGCCUUGCCGGGCUGGGCACAAGCUGCCCUACCUAGCUUACAAAACCUAA